UUCCCACUCCCCCAGUUUUCUGUAAGUAUACUCUUCCUUUCAAUUUGACCCGUGAGCAAUACUGAAAAGCUUUCUAGUUUAGGAAUAGUGAUACAACGCCUCAAACGGAUUGUUCAGCGAAGACAAGCACAUAUAUAAAGUGUAGUGGGGCACAUAUGUUGGCCUUGGUUAACAUCAUUGAUUGAUUCAGCAUCCAUAAUUAAGCAUUAGCAGCCUUAAACCUCUUACCCCUUCAGUUUGAAAUUUGUGCUGACCCUGUCAAUAAUAAUUCAACUUCAACCCGUACGUAACUUCUGUUUGGACGUUUCAAACUGGUGAGCACAGCAGAGUCCAAGAGAAAAGAGAGAGAGAGAUCAUGAUAAAUAGCAAGGAGGACAACAUAAGCAAACAGUUUUAAAGCAUUGGACUAAACAUCUUCUCUCUUUACCUUCCUUGUCUCAAGUGAACCUUUUUUCUCAAAAGCUUCCCUUUUGAGUUAUAUGUUCACCACCACCAUUUUGAAUUGAAACUCGAGAAUGGGAGACAAAGAGGUAAAGGAAGAAGAACAAAAAGGUGGAUUCAGGGCUUCCAUGUUUAUUUUUGUGUUAUCAGCAUUGGACAACAUGGGUUUUGUGGCAAACAUGGUGAGCUUGGUUCUAUACUUUUAUGGGGUGAUGCACUUUGAUCUGUCCAACUCUGCCAACACCCUGACAAACUUUAUGGGCUCAACUUUCUUGCUCUCACUCGUUGGUGGCUUCAUCUCGGACACUUACUUCAACAGACUAACCACAUGUUUGCUUUUUGGAUCACUCGAAGUUCUGGCUUUGGUAAUGCUGACGGUUCAAGCUGGUCUGGACCAUUUACACCCAGAUUAUUGUGGCAAGUCAAGCUGUGUCAAAGGUGGCAUAGCUGUCAUGUUUUACUCAUCAUUGUAUUUGUUGGCUUUGGGCAUGGGAGGAGUGAGAGGCUCCUUGACUGCAUUUGGUGCUGACCAAUUUGACGAAAAGAAGAACCCAGGAGAAGCAAAGGCUCUUGCUAGCUUCUUCAAUUGGAUUUUGCUGAGUUCAACGUUGGGAUCAAUUAUAGGGGUCACUGGGGUUGUGUGGGUUAGCACCCAAAAGGCUUGGCAUUGGGGAUUCAUCAUAAUAACCAUAGCUUCCUCCAUUGGAUUUCUCACCCUUGCUCUUGGCAAGCCAUUUUACCGCAUCAAAACUCCCGGCCAGAGCCCCAUUUUGAGGAUCGCUCAGGUUAUUGUUGUGGCUUUUAAAAACCGGAAGUUACCACUGCCAGAGUCUGAUGAAGAACUUUAUGAGGUCUAUGAAGAUGCUACAUUGGAGAAGAUUGCACACACCAACCAAAUGAGGUUUCUAGAUAGAGCAAGCAUUCUUCAGGAAAACAUCAAGUCACAGCAAUGGAAAGUUUGCACAGUGACACAAGUUGAAGAAGUGAAGAUCCUAACCAGAAUGUUACCUAUACUAGCCAGUACCAUUAUAAUGAACACUUGUUUAGCACAGCUUCAAACAUUCUCAGUUCAGCAAGGGAGUGUGAUGAACCUGAAACUUGGUUCUUUCACUGUGCCUGCACCAUCCAUUCCAGUUAUCCCCCUUCUUUUCAUGUCCAUCCUGAUUCCCCUCUAUGAAUUUUUCUUUGUUCCAUUCGCAAGAAAGAUCACUCACCACCCUUCUGGGGUUACACAGCUUCAAAGAGUUGGCGUUGGACUAGUACUUUCUGCAAUUUCAAUGACAAUAGCUGGGAUAAUAGAAGUGAAAAGAAGGGACCAAGGAAGGAAGGACCCUUCAAGGCCAAUUAGUCUUUUUUGGUUAUCCUUCCAAUAUGCUAUAUUUGGAGUUGCAGACAUGUUCACUCUUGUAGGACUCCUAGAAUUCUUCUACAGAGAAGCACCUGAAACCAUGAAGUCACUGUCAACUUCUUUCACAUAUUUGUCCAUGUCUCUUGGUUACUUCUUGAGCACAGUCUUUGUGGAUGUCAUUAAUGCUGUUACCAAAAGGGUCACUCCAAGCAAACAAGGAUGGUUGCAUGGCUUGGACUUAAACCAAAACAAUCUCAAUUUGUUCUAUUGGUUCUUAGCAAUCCUUAGCUGCCUUAAUUUUUUUAACUUCCUUUAUUGGGCCUCUUGGUACAAGUACAAAGUUGAAGACAACAAUUCAAAGGUGAAUUUGAAGGCUCCUCUCAAAACGGUUGGUGAGAGAAAACAAGACGAGGAAGAGAAGAAGGAUAUGAGAGUGAAGGCUAGAGAAAGCAGCCAAACAAGUGAAGCCAAUACUGAGGGACCCUCUUCCUCUGAUGAAACAGAUGACGGAAGGAACUCUAGGGAAUGGAAGCACAGAUAAAGUCAGGAGGCUCAAGACAUGAUUUGGUAUUAAGGACUAGAUAAGAUAAAACAUGUUAUGUGGAAACACUGAAAAAGAUAGUGGUUGUUGAAAUCUCUCUUAUCUUGCAUGUGUGCUUCUUGUAUGAUUGAUUAGCAUUGUUGCUUCUGGCACCAUCUGUGUGUCUGUUGUGUGCAGGGUCAAAGGUUUUUUUAUUUUCUUUCAUUUAACAUGUUCUUUUUUGUUAUAUAAGUUUAUUAAUUAUUCACCUGCACUUGUAACUAUGUAUUAAGAGAUGCUUAGUUAAUUGUUUUCUCUCUA